AUAUGUUUUUAACCCGCCAGGGCUCCUCCUCUACUUUUCCUCCUUCCUUGCACAAUCUCAGUACUCCUCAAUUAUACCUUUUCCCCGAUCUAAAAUGCCCUCCCCUGAAGACUACGGUUUCUUUUCGGUUCCUCGUAAGGUCGAGGAGCUAUUCAAGAACGGAAAUGAGUACAUUUACAAGCCUUCUGCUGUUGAUGUCUCCAAAACUGUCACUUUCCCUGACACUCCGAUCGUCAACGCCGCCCGCGAAUUUGUCAAAUCUAAGCUGCCAGUGCAGACAUUCAAUCACUCGCACCGAGUUUUCUAUUACGGCGCUGUGAUCAUUGCUCAGCAAUUCCCGGAGUAUGCUUCCAACGCAACUCUUCUUGAAACCUACGCUCUUACCUGUCUUUUUCAUGAUGUUGCUACGGCCGACGAGUUUCUUUACGGUACGCGCAUGAGCUUUGAUUUUUACGGAGCAUUCAUUGCGCGCGAGUUUCUUUUGAAACACGAGGCUGUUCAGGACUCGGCGGAUGCCGUCGCAGAGGCCAUUCUCAGACACCAGGAUGUGGAGGUCAACGGAACGAUUACAUUUCUCGGACUUAUCAUUCAGCUCACUACGCUGAUGGAUAACUCUGGAAACUUCCUCCCUCUCAUGGCUCCCGAGACGAUCGACUCAGUUAUCGCGCUGUACCCCAGACUCGGAUGGUCAGGAUGCUUUUCUACUUUUGUGGCCAAAGAAAUUGAGAUUAAGCCGUGGUGCCACUCGACUGCUGUCACGGACUUUGUCAAGACAGUCAAGGAGAACCAUUACUUCAUCGACCGCUACGAGAAAUGAGCGCAUGACGCCUAGCGCUUCGGCAUCGCCAUCUUCCGCUGAAUGAAUCUAGGAUCUUGUUGAAGUAAAUUGAAACGUUGCUUAUUGAAUAGUAUGAAUAUAUUCUUUAUUCUAAGCCGAAUUACAAU